AUGCACUCCGACUUGCCCGCCCGCCCCAAGUCGCAGCGGCUAGCCAACAGAACCAAGGCGGACAAGCCGUUGCAGUACUUCCAGCAGUUCCAGAAACGGGCACAGAACAUCACCAACAUCAACGAUCUCUUGCCCGGGCUCAACGACAUUUCCGACGCGUUUGAGGCCAUGCCCAUGGACUUGUUCAAGUACUUCACGCUCUUGAAGGAAAUCGACGCCAAGUGCAUCAAAACCGUCCCGUUGAUCAACCACAACAUCGGCCAGUACAUCGACCAGCUCCACACAAAGCCCGAGGCCGCGGCGCCGCACGCCCAUAUGACGCGCUUGCAGCGGAUCCGCAAGCAGAUCCACGAGGUGAUCCCGUGCCUCGAAGAGAAGAUGCACGUGACGUCCGUGGCAGCCGACGUCAUGGCAAAGCACAUGUACCGCAUCAACAACGACUACAAGGUGAUCAUCGGCAACAACGAGAUCCCGGAGUCCGUGCGCGUGGGCCCGCUCAACCACCGUGCCUUGAUCCUGGACCCACAGGCUGCGGCAGACGCCGCCAAGAGCGCCCAGUCGCAGAGAUCCGAGACCCGCCGCGAGGCCUUGGCCGCGCGGAAAGCGCACAAGGACCCCGAGGACGAGGACGGCUCCAAGAAGCGCAAGACCAAGGAGCCCACGCCCCUGGAGCCCGCCGCGUCCUCGAGCGGCAACGUCAAGAAGCGCCGCAAGGACAAGGAGCCGGAGAAGGCCGUGGCGCCUGUUGCUGCGGACAAGAAAAAAACAGGCGCCAAGCCCCGGAAGGACCGCGAGCCCGAGCCGGCGUCCCACCCGGGGAGCGCCGGGGCCGAGCCCACCUACUGCUACUGCAACCAGAUCUCCUUUGGCGAGAUGGUUGGCUGUGACGGCGACACCUGCGAACGCGAGUGGUUCCACUUGCCGUGCAUUGGCUUCAAGAACCCUCCCAAAGGCAAAUGGUACUGCGACGACUGUGUUGCCAAGAUGAAGAAAGCGAAGAAGCCGUGA